AUGGCCGCCGCGGUGCUGCUGGGCUGCGCCGCCAUCGCGCUCGGGCCCGCGGCCGCGCUCGUGCUGCUCACGGUGGCGGCGGAGCCGCUGCUCCUCAUCGUGCUGCUGGCGGGGGCGUUUUUCUGGCUGCUGUCGCUGCUGGCGGCCUCGCUGCUCUGGUCCGUGUGGGUGCAGCUCAGCGGGCGGGAGGACGCGGCGCUGCUGCCGCUCGGAGCCGCCGCCGCGGUGCUGCUGCAGGAGCUCUGCCGCUUCGCCUGCUUCAAAAUGCUCAAGAAAGCCGAUGCAGGGCUGGCCACCCUCAGCAAGGACGGGCGCUCCCCGCUGUCCCUGCGGCGCACGGCUUACGUGUCUGGGCUCUCCUUUGGCACCAUCAGUGGCCUCUUCUCCAUCACCAACAUCCUGGCGGACUCUGCGGGGCCGGGCACUGUUGGGAUCCAUGGGGACUCCCCGUACUUCUUCAUCACCUCUGCCUUCCUCACCAUGGCCUUGGUUCUGCUCCACACCUUUUGGGGCAUCAUCUUCUUCGACGCCUGUGAGCGGCGCCGCGCCGGGGGCCUGGGGCUGGUGGUGGGCAGCCACCUGCUCACCUCGGGGCUGACCUUCCUGAACCCGUGGUACGAGGCCAGCCUGGGCCCCAUCCUCAUCCUCACGCUCUGCACUGGCCUCUGGGCCUUCAGCACCGCCGGUGGCUCCUUCCACAACGUCCUCAAGUGCCUCUCAUGUAAGCAGGAGCCUGAGGGCCAGGCCGUGCUCUACUCGGCGCUGCAGGUGCCUCCUGAGGGCUGAGGGAGCCGUGGCCCCACAGCCAGACCCUCCUGUGAAAGCCUUCACCCCUCCUGCUGCAGCGGGAUUUGUGUCUGCCCAGUUCCUGGGGGCCUUUGGGG